GAUCCGAGCGUUUGCUAAUCUUUGAUUAGUGUUAACAUGAAGAUAAUUUUCAUAUGUAUAUUCAUUCCAGCAGCACUUGGUUAUCCCGAAGGCAGAACGACUAUGACAAAGAAAGAUGUUUGUAAGAUGAAGCCCCCGGUAGGGAUCGCCCGUGGAAUAUUUCCCGGUUGGUUCUACAAUGAGAGCCUUGAUCUUUGUCAGUACUAUGAAUUUAGUACCUUCAAGCUUGAACAUGAGAAGAUCAACAAAUUUUCAAAUCUAUCAGAAUGCAGCAAAACAUGCAGGAGUCACGUGCCAAGUUUUUGCUUUGAUACCCCAAAGAAAACCGGCAAGAAAGCGCUAAUUUACAAGUGGACUUACAAUUCAACCCGAGGAAAGUGUGUUAAGUGGUACUGGGAGCCAGAAACAACCAGAGACUCAAAUGUGUUUGAAAUGGAAGGCGAUUGUUUAGAUAUAUGCCAAGGUCCCGACUACGGCCCUUGCGCGCAGCUACCUACCGAACUCGAACGCAGGCACGACAACACUCAAUAUUAUCGCUACAAUCUAACUUCCCAAACUUGCUACCUUGACAGAACGUACAUAGGCAUAAGGGGAGAGAACGCAUUCCUGACCCUUAAUGCCUGCUACGCACGCUGUGGACGAUUUGUGAAGAACAAAUGCAAGCUACCUGUGCAGGACCUCGGUAUGUGCAGUCGAAUUGGCCCACGAUAUAUGUUCGAUCGAGAGGAGAAAAAAUGCAAGAAAUAUACUGGUUGCGAUCAUCAUGGUAUCGGUUUCUACAACCAAAGCGAGUGCUACAACACAUGCGAAAGUCCCGUUGACAGAAGGUGCCUUCCGGAUCUUUCAUUAAGAUAUUGCAAGCCAAAAGACGACGUAUUUUAUCGGUAUGACCAGAAGAAAGGAAAGUGCUUCCUUGAUAACAAUUACCAUUGCCGUGGGAGCAACGGGUUCGUUUCGGAGGAGGAUUGCAACAAGAUAUGUGCACAACGAAAAUAAUUCAACUGGAGUCAAUCACUCUUCUGC